UGCGCUUGGCGAGGUUGGCGGCGGCGCUGCUGCUGCUGCUCGGUGCAACUCGGGGUGUGGGGAGGCUGUUUUAUUUUUCGGUCGAGGCGCUGAUCCGAUGGAGUAUAAAAGCCGCGAGGUGUCAGUGCCUUCGGACUGAUUUUGCAAAGAGGAGGAUCUCCUACCCAGCCUGCCAGGAUGAAGUACAAGAAUCUUAUGGCAAGAGCCCUCUAUGACAAUGUCCCAGAAUGUGCAGAGGAGCUGGCCUUCCGCAAAGGAGACAUUUUGACAGUGAUUGAACAAAAUACUGAAGGACUGGAAGGAUGGUGGCUCUGUUCCUUACAUGGGCGGCAAGGCAUUGUCCCUGGCAACCGUGUAAAACUUCUGAUAGGCCCUGUACAGGAAACUCCUUCUACUCAAGACACACCGAAUUCAGGAUCUGUACAUCAACCGUAUCACCAGCAAAAGAUCUACCAAGUGCCAAAUGCACAUACUUCUCCUCGGGAUCCAGUCUACCAAGUGCCACCUUCUUAUCUGAAUCAGGGAAUCUACCAGGUACCCACGGGCCAUGGUUGUCAGGGGCAAGAUGUCUACCAGGUGCCGCCAUCUGGGCAGAGAAGUUUCGGUGGAAUGGAUGGCUGUCCUGUAAGCAACAAGGUAGUAACUCCAGUCAGGUCAGGACAAGGUUAUGUUUACGAGUUCCCUACCAAAUACCAGAAGGAUACCUAUGAUAUCCCACCGGUCCGUCCUCUCCAAGGGAUCUACGAUGUCCCUCCUGCGUCAUUUAAAGGUGCUGCGCAAGCUUCUCAGAUGGGUGAUCUGAAGUCUCAAGGGGUCUACGACGUUCCUCCUGCAAAAGGGGUCUAUGCUGUUCCCCCUUCUGCAUGCAGAGAUGACACAGAUCCCCGAGGAUGCUCGCCUGAUUCAGCCACAUGCCUAAAGCUUGAGACAAGACCAGAAGGCGUGUAUGACGUCCCUCCUCCCAUGGCCAAAACAGCUGCAAAAGAACCCGGACAGAAAUGCCAUUACAACCCAGCUGCCUCUUCGGACCUCACACCACACCCAAAAGGCCUGUAUGAUGUCCCAGUGAGCCACCAAGCCCAGUUUGUUGGGCAGCAGAUACCUCCCCAGACGGAUGUCUAUGAUACCCCACGAGGAGUCCCAUUCCCUGGGCAGCACUUGGGAUUUGGAGAGAGUCUAAACCCCGAAGGAAAAGAGGGUGUGUAUGAUGUGCCUCCCCAGGUCACGCAGGACACUAAAAGACUGCAGGAUGUGACCGACGGGAUGAACAGGUUGUCUUUUUCCAGCACAGGGAGCACCCGAAGCAAUAUGUCCACCUCUUCCACAACGUCCAAGGAAUCUUCUUUUUCCAGCACUCCAUCCCAGGACAAAAAACUCACUUUGGAUCCCGACACGGCCAUAGAGAGGCUUUACUGGCAUCAGAACACCAUGGAGGCCGCUGUCUCCGCUUUAAUGGCCUUCGUCGGCCCUGACUGGCGGUCUUACGAGCACAUGGAGAAACACAUGAACAAGGUCCACACUGCUGUCGACAAGGUGGAGCAGUCUCUGGUCGACUACCUUCACUUUGCCAAAGGGGCGACAGCCAACGCUUCCUUCCUCUCCGAACUCAGUCUCUACAAUAAAAUGAGGAGGGAGCUGCAGAGGUUGGACGAUUCCCACCAGAUUUUGACCCAGACGAGCCGCGACCUGAGUAACUGCAGCUGGUCCUUGAACGUCCUGGCGCUCAACAAACCCCAGAACAAAUGCGAUGACCUGGAUCGGUUUGUUAUGGUGGCCAGGACGAUCCCGGAUGAUGCUAAGCAGCUGACCACCAGCAUCAGUGUCAACGCUGAGGCGCUCUUCAAGCAAGGGCCUUGCAACUCCGACACGAAAAACAUGUCAGAGAGGAUUAUGCCAGCUACAGAUUACGUGUACGACUGCCCUCAGGCCCUGACCUUGCAUCCUGGAGAUAAAAGCCAAGAUCCCUGCACUUCCCUGCCACCGCUUCUGUCUAAAGACCAGUAUUACCAGUGCAAUGGCAGCGAUGGCUCAGAAAAGAGCUGGAUGGAUGAUUACGAUUAUGUCCACUUGCAGGGCAAAGAAGAGUUUGAAAGACAGCAGAAGGAGCUGCUAGAAAAAGAAAAUAUCAUCAAGCAGAACAAGAUGCAGCUGGAGCACCAUCAGCUGAAUCAGUUCCAGUGGCUGGAGCAGGAAAUCACAAAGCCCGUGGAAAACGACAUCUCAAAAUGGAAGCCGCCUCAGGGCCCUUCCCCUGUGAACAGCCUGGUGGCCUCUCAAGAAAGGCAGCUCCUUUUGUUUUACUCAGACCAGUGCGAGACUCAUUUCAUUUCUCUCUUAAAUGCCAUCGAUGCCUUCUUUAGCUGCAUCAGUGCCGCGCAGCCACCGAGGAUCUUCGUUGCUCAUAGCAAGUUCGUCAUCUUAAGCGCUCACAAACUGGUGUUCAUUGGAGAUACACUGACGAGGCAGCUGACGACUCAGGAAAUACGCAACAGCAUCAUGAACUCCAGCAACCAGCUUUGCGAAUUGCUUAAAAGCAUUGUCAUGUCAACCAAGAUGGCUGCCUUGAAUUAUCCCAGCACAGCAUCUUUACAAGACAUGGUGGACCGAGUGACGGAACUUUCUCACUAUGCGCAGUUGUUUAAACGCUCUCUGGUACACAUGGCAUCUUACUGAGGUGCAGAAACUAGACUCCAACCAAUGAAGAAUGCUUCAUUCUUAAGGAAAGAACUGGAAAUGUUUUCUAUAUUACGUAAACACACACACACCAUAAACUUGAUCAUUUAUUUUUUUCCUCCUAGAUGUUUUAUAUUAUAUAUUUUAAAUUCAUUUUAUGGAUUAGAAAUUAUAAAGGGCUUCAGCAAUCUCAACCUGUUUCUUUAUCAGUUUAAAUAUACAUAUAUAAAUAUGAAAUGAUACUCUGCAUAUAUGUAUAUAUUGCAACAUUCCGUGAGUCCGUUAAGUAAUUAGCACCUUAACAAAAGCAUCGAUCAUUUUCGUGGUGUAGAUAUGUUCUGGAUUUUUCAGGAUAUCCAUUAACCGGAUACUACUUUUGCCUUUGGGGGGCUAUAAUAUAUAUUAUAUUUUAUUUUAGCUUAAUUAUGUUAAUACAGGCAUUGUUGUAAAGGCUGUGGCAAUUCCUAAAGAAAAAAAUAUUUGUUUAGUCCUAAUUUCCUUCCCCAAACAAACCUUACUUGGCACAUGUUGCUACUAAAUA